AUGACUCCUGAAGACUUCCUUCGUUCAAUUACUCCGGGUAUUAAACAGCCUGAUGGUUUAGAUCUGGAUUCGUUCAAACGAUAUGAUCCAAAGACUGGAUUAGUCUGGUUCCAUAACAAGAGUGAAAAAUUAAAUUUGGGUAUACCUAAAGAAUCAGUAUUUUAUAAGCUUUGCGAUCAAGCUUUAAUCACAUUCACUGAUUUCAUAUUUCUAUUAACUGUACUUUCAACACCUCGCCGACAAUUUGAAAUAGCUUUCCGUAUGUUUGAUAUUAAUGGGGAUGGGGAGCUAGACAUAAACGAAUUUGAAGUAGUACGUUCUGUUAUCAUGGGUACAACUGCAAUGGGUCGUCGUCAUCGAGAUAAUUUAACAACAGGUUGUACUUUGACAAAAUUGCCAAUCAGUAAAUUUCUUCAAUUCCAUUCUGAUUUACAAGAGGAGAUUAUGCGUUUAGAGUUUGAAAGAGCUGAACCAAAGAAUGGGAAAAUUUCUGAAGUUCAGUUUGCCAACUCUCUACUUGUCUAUGCUGGAUUUUCUGAAAAUAAAAGACGUAAAAUGAUUCGUCGAGUAAAAACGAAAUUCCCAGUAGAUUCUGAUCAGUCUAGUGGCAUCACUUAUAAAGAUUUUUCUGAUUUCAGUCAUUUGCUUCGAUCUAUUGCUGACGUGGAUACAGCUUUAACAUUUUAUCAUAUGGCUGGUGCAUCAAUUGAUCAAGAUACUUUAAAUCAUGUUGCUUUAACUGUAGCCAACCUUCACUUGUCACCACAUGUUUUAGAUGUGGUUUUCACUUUAUUUGAUGAGAAUAAUGAUGGACAAUUAAGUUAUCGUGAAUUUGUCGGUGUUAUGCGACAUAGACUUUUACGUGGUUUGGAUAAACCGAUGGAUACAGGUUUUAUUCGAUUACUUAAUGCUUUGUUCCAUUGUACGAAAGAACAAAUCAUUCUUGGAGUUAAUUCUGCUUAUAAUAAAGAUUGA